CGAGUUUGGAAGUGUGAAAUGAUGAUAAGUGUAAUUCUCAUAUCUCUGGUUUUGUUUCUUCUGAGUGCACAGUUCCUGAAUAUGCAAUGGAAGAGUCGUGGAUUUCCUCCUGGACCAACCCCAUUUCCCAUCAUUGGAAGCAUCUGGUGGAUAAAAUUUAGAGCUGAUCACCGGGGCCUGAAAAAGCUGGCAAAAACCUAUGGCAACAUCUGCACCCUGUGGUUGGGUCACAGACCUAUGAUGGUGCUCUAUGGGUUCCAAGCUGUGAAGAAUGGUCUCACCGACAACUCGGAGGAUGUUUCAGGGCGACUGCAGACCUACGUUUUCAACAAACUGGCAGAUGGAAAGGGUAUCUUGGUCUCAAAUGGUCUCAUCUGGAAACAACAGAGACAUUUUGGAUUUGGAACUCUCCGAAAACUGGGAAUGGGGAAUAAAGGAAUGGAGCGUGGGAUCCAAACCGAGGCCCGUUACCUGGUGGAGUUCUUCAGAGACAAGGAGGGAGAAGCUGUGGACCCUUCCUUCCCCAUUGUCCAUGCUGUCUCCAAUGUGAUUUGUGCUGUGGUUUUUGGACAUCGUUUCUCUCUGGAGGAUAAAACCUUCCACCAGCUGAUUGAAGCCUUCGAUUGUAUAGUGGCUUUUGGGAACAGCCGCUUUUAUUAUAUAUGUGAAAUGUUCCCGUGGUUUGCAGAGCACCUCCCAGGACCUCUACGGAAAGCAAGAUUUUCCCGGGAUUUUGUUUGUUCCUUUGUGAGGCAGGAAAUCAAAAGCCACAGGGAAAAAGGCAGAAUAGAUGAACCAGAAGAUUUCAUUGACUUUUACCUGAAGCAAUUAGAGAAAACUAAAAAUGUCCCCAAUUCUACAUUUGAUGAAGACAACAUGGUGCAGUCUGUUUUUGACCUUUUCCUGGGUGGCUCAGAGACCACAGCCACCACUCUGCGCUGGGCUCUGCUCUAUAUGUUGGUUUACCCUGACAUCCAAGACAAAGUCCAGAAAGAGCUGGAUGCUGUUCUGAGUCCCUCCCAUCUCAUCUGCUACGAGGAUCGGAAGAAGCUGCCGUACACAAAUGCUGUGGUUCAUGAGAUCCUCCGCUUCAGCAGCAUUGUUUUAAUCACAAUUCCCAGAGAAGCUGUGAAGGAUACCACUGUUCUGGGGUAUCAUGUUCCAAAGGGCACUCUAAUCAUGGCAAAUGUAGACUCAGCUCUUUUUGACCCUGACUAUUGGGAGACACCUCACCAGUUCAACCCUGGCCAUUUCUUGGACAAGGGUGGAAAUUUUGUGACCCGAGAGGCCUUCUUGGCCUUCUCAGCAGGUCACCGUGCUUGUCCGGGAGAGACAAUGGCCAAGAUGGAGCUUUUCAUCAUGUUCUGCAGCCUGUUGCAGAAAUUCAAGUUCACUGUACCAGAAGGAGUUAAGGAAAUCAACACAGACUUUAUCUUUGGGAGCACCAUGAAACCUCAUCCCUACAAGCUCUGUGCAGUUCUGCGCUAG